AUUUCAACGUUGCUGCAAUUUUGCAAUCUUGCAACGUAACAUUUCUGCAAUCUUUCCGUGCUGUGUAGGUAGUACACUCCGCUAUACAUCUUUCGCGCGACCCUGCAGACACGAGUUAGAAAAUCACCUACACUUUACGGGAUACAAAAGUAUCGCGAUGUUAUUUCGAAUUGAAAUAUUUCGUAAUCGCGUGACGCGCGUAGAGAGCACAGCGUGAAAAGCUAGCGAUAAAAGAGAAAGAUGCCGCGACAGUUAUCUCGCCAAGUCUCACGUCGCGGUCGAUGCACUCAAUUAAUCGAUCGCGAUGCGACGGAGACUGAUACUUGGUAGAUUCGUCUUGCAUGGUCGUUCGCUAGCUUUUCGUCCUAACCUCUCAAAAAUCUCCGCGUGUUGUACUACAAGCUCGAGUCGCGCUAUGAACGCAACGGAGACGAGAUUUCUGUCGGAGUCGAGAGUCGAUCUGCGGGAUAUCUUUCGUUCGGCCGUGAAGGCGGUGUCGCCGAGCGAGAUGAUAAGGAGGAGGGUGAAGCUCCGCGGCGACGCACUGCACGUCGACGAGAGGAGCUUUCCGCUCAAGGGCGACGUUUAUCUCGUCGGGUUCGGUAAGGCGGUCAUGGGAAUGGCCGUGGAGCUCGAGCGGGUGCUCGGUGGCGCCUUGAAGAGAGGCAUCGUCAGCGUCCCGAGCGUCCCGGGCUCCGCCGGGUUACGCGGCAGCCGAAUAGAGUGUCGCGAGGGCGGCGUCGACAACCAGCCCGACAGCAGAUCGCUCGACACCACGCACGACAUUGUCGACCUGGUCGAGGGAUUGACCGAGACGGACACUCUCGUGGUGCUGGUGUCGGGCGGAGGCUCCGCGUUGCUGUACAUGCCGAGGCCCGUCCUGGACUGGGAGGACAAGCUGGAGCUCUGUAGGAAGCUGCAAAAUGCAGGCGCCGACAUCGCCGAGCUCAACACCGUCAGGCAGAAGCUGUCCCUGGUGAAGGGCGGCGGUCUGGCGCGCAUGGCCUAUCCCGCGUCUGUCGUCGCGCUGAUACUGUCCGACAUCGUCGGCGAUCCUGUAGACUUGAUCGCCAGCGGGCCUACCGUUUACAGUCCAAGAUCACCGGAGAAGGUGAUCGCUAUAUUAAACAAGUACAACUUGUAUCGGUCGCUCGAGGGUGAUUUAAAGGCGGUCGUAAUGUCCAGGGAAACGUUUAACGACAGACCGCUGUUAAAUCCUGCCAAACAGUUCAAACACGUGGCGAACAUAAUUCUAGGGAACAAUACGGCGGCUCUUGAAGCCGCGAGCCUCGAAGCCUCGCGCAAAAAGUUGACUCCAAUAGUAUUGAGAAGCGACGUUACGGGAAAUGUGCAGGACGUUAGCGCGGCAUACGUUCACGUGACAAGUCUGAUAUGUCUGGUCCUGCUCAAUGACCUGGGGAGAGAAGAAUUCUACGACCGAGUACGAGCUACGCCGAUACUGCCGUUAUCUAUUGCCAAAGUCGACGAGAUCUUUCGUUGCGCCAGCAAUCUCGGUGGUAUAGUUUUAAUCGGAGGCGGAGAACCCACGGUUGUGGUGACGGGCUCGGGGAAAGGCGGUAGAAACCAGGAGUUGGCUUUGCGCUUUUCCUUGGAUUGGCUGGCGAAGAUUAAAAGUGACCCGCGACUUGCCGAGUACGAUGUAAUAAUGCUCAGCGCAGGCACCGACGGUCAGGACGGUCCUACUGACGCGGCAGGUGCAUUUGGUUACCCUGCCAUUGCGCCUGUAAUGCAUGAUCUUUACGCAAAAGUUCAAUCUAUGGCUACUGAGGAAAAUGCACGGACAUGGAACUCCCGCGAACGACAAAUGAGUGGACUUGUAACACAGUCCAGUGUUGAAUCAGAGGGAGAUCGUACUGCCAAAGAGUCACCUCGAGAUCAUGUUGAACAUAUUGAUAAUUUAGUAUUAAAGACAAUGGAAGUGGAACGCAUGUUACCCGAGAAUGUUUUAAAAGAAAGCGAUACGUACAAUUUUUAUUCACGCUUCAGAAAGGGAGCGGAUUUAGUUAAGACAGGAAGUACUGGCACCAACGUUAUGGAUUUACAUUUUAUUUAUAUAAAAAAACGCCCGUGCAAGUGCGAGAUCGAUUCCUCUGACAAACCGACAUACGAAGAAGAUAUCUUGGACGUACACAAUUUGCACAUUGACGCGAUGACCAUUGAAAAGUACGAGGCUGCACGUGCUCCCUCAAAGCUUGACAAAGACGCGCUUUUACAAACUUCGCCUUUAAUUACUGAAGCUAAAGAGAAAAAACCGUUUUUUAAUAUAAAAAUCAUUGAUGAAAAUUUCACAGACCCGUGUUGUAAUAAAAAGCAUAAACCUGAUUAAUUACAAAAUACAUAAAGAAUGCAUUUAUGAGAAAUCCUACACACUAUUACACGUUGUACGAAACAAAUUUAUUCCUUUGAAAGAAAUUAAGUAACUCACAUUGUAAAUACUAAAAAUUUUCUAUAUACAUGUACAGGGAAUAUCUCAAUUAUCAAAGGCUCAAAAAUAAAUUUCUUAACCCAACAUGCUCAUUACGCUUCAAGAUAUAUGACAAUAUAUAUUCUCUUUACAUACAUAGAGAUAUCUACAGAGAUCGUACAAUAUAUAUUUUUAUAUGUG